AUGCUGUUGUUAAAAGACAAAAAAUUAUAAUAAAAUAAAAUUAUGAAUUGUUUUCUUGGAGUCCAGAAAUACGGAAUUCUGAUAAGAGAGAUGAAUUUAAAUAAAGUUUCAAAAACAUAAUAAUUGAUAUACUAAAGAUUUUUGUUGUUCAAUAUAAAAAGAAUCAUAGUUUGUUUUUAAUUAGGAUUUAAUUUUUUACGAAUAAAAAAUGUUUUGAUAAAAUGUAAAUCAAACUUAUUCUUUUCGAUAGUCAAAUUAUGUUCAAAAAAUCAUAGCUAAAAACCAAAUAAAAAAGAGAAACAUUGUUAUAUAUACUAAGAAUAAAUCUAAAGUUUAAUUAAUUCUAAAGUUAUGGAUUCAUAAAAAACUAAUAUUUUAUCUUAAAUUUUUAGUAAUUCUUCUCAUUAAGUGAUAGAAGUAUUAGCUUAUAACUUAAUAAAAAUUGAAACUUUAAUUUAAGAGCCAAAGAUGAAAGAUUUUUGUUAAAAUUUAUUAUAACAAUGA